CGCACAUAUAAGCUGAGUGCAGGUCCGUCCUCGCCUAACUUGGACGCCGGCCUAGGCACGUACUUGGAGAGGAUAUGUCGAUGCAAAUAUCGAUUCGGUGACAACUUAAUUUUCCUCUCAGGCCAAGGCAUUUUCGUUGAUACCGAGGAACCAUGACGUCGCCCAAGGAAAUUAACAUCGUUUGCUUGAUGACCAUCGUCUUCUAUUCAGCCACCAUCCAGGUCUCGCAUGCUGUCUCCUGCCCUAAACCUACAAAUGUUCAGCCGCUCGGUAUAGGGCAUGACUCCAUCACGUUCGGAUGGAAUGCGACAGAGUACAUUACCAGCCCCUCGCACUGCGCGUGCGUGUUUCCGGGCGUCUACGCGGAGGUGUGUUCCGCAAACGUCACGCCCGUGGCUUGCAGAGCAGGCCUGACUGCCCUCACCAGCACCGCGCAGAACCUGAAGUCCCGCUACGCACACACCGUCUGCGUGCAGACGCAAUGCUCUUCGUCCGAGUUCUCAGACCCCGUCUGCAGGGAGAUCUUCACCUUCCCGGCAGAGCCGUACGAAAGCGUCACCGCCAGGCGCCACUCUUCGUCGCUGGACAUCAGGUGGCGGGUGCCGACUGAGAUGCAGAGGUGGCUGGACGGCUACCAUACUCGCUGGUGCAGUCCGUCUUACUGCAACGUCAGUGAACAGAUUCUGAACGGCUCGCACGAGGGCUCUCUGAAUCUCACCGGAGUCGAAACCCACCUCCAGUACACACUGCACCUGAGUGGGUUCAGCGUAAUACGUUCGAGCGGCGAGAAGAAACGCAGCGUCGAAGCCUCGCUCGUUGUCUAUAACGUGCAAACAGAUGGACCCACAAAGAUUCCCUUUCUGAUAGAGAGAAUAAAAGGUUCCACGCUCCUGGUAACCUGGCCCGAACCGGACGCGAACUCCAGACAGUUUGACAACUACAUUGUAAGUUGGUGGAAGGUGAACCAAACCGGUGCCGAUGGAUCUCCGAAGCGCAACCAGACCCUGCCGGCUACUUCGACGAGCUUCGUCAUCAACGAUCUUGAACCCGGCGCCACCUACCACGUCAGCCUGUCCACUGAUCAGGAAGCCAACACAUCUCAACAGAGGGAAAGCGCACGGCCUCAACUCCUCGAGAAACCUGAUGACGUUCGCGUCGAAUCCCGAAGGUCCGUGACAGGUUCUCUCGCGUCCAUAACGUGGAACCCUUCGCUCCACUGCGGGCAGGACUCGCCGGUUCAGAGCUACACGGUGAAGCUGUGUCCAUUGUGCCACGUCGGAAAGGAGGCACAGCCAGCGAAAUGCCGCAGCGUGUCAGUAAAGGCGUGCGCCGCCAAGGCCGUCUUCGCUAGACUCGCAGACCUCUGCCAGUAUCGGGUUGAAGUGAGGGCACUUGUUCGCAGAGAUCGAGGGGAAGUAAGCGACGAAGGAGAACCCGCUGUCGUGUACUUCAGGACCCCAUCGGCCCCAGCGAGCGACCUGCACCGGACACCAGAAGGCGUCCGAGCCGAGAUCCAGAGGUCCUCGAACGCCGGCGCCUUGGUGUCGGUAUCGUGGGACGUUAGGAAUCUCGCCAAAGAAGGAUCGUCCGCAAUUCGUUAUUUCGUAAAUGUGUGCCCCGCGUGCCACGAAAAGUCCGGCACGAACCAGAAAGAGUGUCGCAGCGUAGCUGUUCCGGCCAUAGCUGGCAAGGCAGUCUUGGCUGGACUGAAGUACCUCUGCGAGUACACAGUGGAAGUCCGGGCUCUCGCCGACGAAGUUGACGGUACAAGAAACGAAACACAACCGGCGGCUCUCUCUCUUGCAGCUCCGGUACCUAACAUACCGUCGCUGAGCGAUUCGCUACGCGCUGAGUUGAGCGGCGGCCGCGUGAUGGUCAGCUGGCGGAAGUCAGCGGAACUUGGGGAUUACUUCGUGCUGUACCACGUGACGCUGUUCCGGCCGACGCCGAGGUCCGUCGUGCGGGCGAUCGUCGACGGGACGGAGAAGACCUUCGAUGGUCUCGAACCGCGAGAGAAUUACACGGUUGCCGUCACCGCAUGCUUAAGUUGGGGUCAGCGACAGAAGUGCGGCGGAAACGCAACUCUGGAGUUCGAGACUUUACCACGAGAACCCGUGGGAGACUUCCUCAGCCUUACGGUGGCAGCAGCGAGCUCAACAGAACUCCAAGUUUCCUGGAACACUAAGUCUGAAGAUGACAACGUGAAAUGGUACGAAAUUACCUGGUGGAUGCCCAGAUCCUACGAGGCCAGCCCACCUACCAUAGGAAAAUCUACGAUAUUUACUCACAAAAACGAAAUUACCAUCGAUGGACUAGAGCCAUACGCCACUUACGCAGUCCAGGUGGUCGCCGUCUGCGAAAGAAGGAAUAUUACGUGGCGCCAUCCAUCGGCGAUCGCAUCCGCUAUAACCUACCACAAAGGCCUCGCACGCGUGUCUAACAUAGCUCUAACAAACAGCAACUGCACUCCUUCUCUCUGCGAUAUAUCUGUGGCGUGGAAAUCGAAGUCCAUUACACCGCAGGCACCCGUCGUUCAGCUUGAGUACCACGUCACGCUAUGUAUCGGUUCAGAUCUCGUCGAUAACAACUGUCGCAACGAGACAGUGCCCGGCGGACGCUCGUACGUCACCUUCUCGGGAGUGAAAACGUUCGCGGCUUUGUUCGUGACGGUAAGACCGGUUAUCAAGAUGCAAAGCGCCGUCAUCGAGGGUGACGUUAGUGUGGCCAGAGGUCGAAGCUGUACGCCUCGGAUACCCGGCGUCGAAGAGGUAACCGUGGUGGAGAUAACUGGAACCUCGGCCCACGCCUCGUGGCCCAAGGUGAACGAACUUGACGGAGUCGACGGCGGCUACUACGGUGUAGUUGUCACCAUGCACCCUCAAAACGAAGAUGAAGAGGCGGUUUCUAUUGAACACUCUCGUAGACAAUAUGACACGACUACGAAAGAAAGGCAGACUGCCGUUGCUAAUUCCACGGAACGUGAUGAUGUGGUCCUACGGAACGUGUCCACGAGCGACGCCGUUAUCGACCUGCUUGGCCUGAAGCCGUGGAGAAAUUAUACCAUUACUGUGACUCCGGGUGUAAUAGGCAGCGGAUUGGCCAUAGUGGGUGACAGCGCCAGUAAAGUCUUCGAAACGCCAGCAGAACCUCCGAGCAAGCCAAGGAACGUAUCUGUCGUGGAACGCCAAGGGGAGCAGUACGUGACCUGGCUUCCGCCGGAAUCGUGGAACGGGCCCCGAUCCGGCUACGAAGUGAGCGUCACCUGCGUCAACAACCACGCCAGGGCCAACAGCACGAUAGUCGCACUCCACGCCGACAAGACCGAGCUCAGGGUCCCGCACUUCAGCUCGGGAGUGCCAUGCACGGUAGCCGUGCGCGCUUACACCGUGUACCUCGGGGAACCCCUGGACGGCGACAAAGUCAGGGUGCGCUUCACACUUCCGAGGAAAGAAUACGCGAAGACCACGGAACGUCCGUCAAUGUAGUCCAGCCGGAUUCAUCAUUAUCAACCUUUAUUUAUGUCCACUGCAGGACGAAGGCCUCUCCCUGCAAUCUCCAAUUACCCCUGUCUUGCGCUAGCUGAUUCCAACUUGCACCUGCAAAUUUCCUAACUUCAUCACCCCACCUAGUUUUCUGCCGUCCUCGACUGCGCUUACCUUGGUAACUAACUCUAAUGGUCCACCGGUUAUCCAUCCUAUGCAUUCCAUGGCCUGCCCAGCUCCAUUCUUUUCCUCUUAAUGUCAACUAGAAUAUCGGCGAUCCCCGUUUGCUCUCAGAUCAACACCGCUCUCUUCCCUUGUCUUAACGUUGGGCCUAACAUUUUUCGUUCCAUCGCUCUUUAACCUCCAAGUUUCUGCCCCAUAUGUUAGCACUGGUAGAAUGCAAUGAUUGUACACUUUACUUUUCAAUGACAGUGGUAAGCUCCCAGUCAGGAUUUGGUAAUGCCUGCCAUAUGCACUGCAACCUAAUUUUAUUCUUCAGUAAAUUUUUCUCAUGAUCAGGGUCCCCUGUGAGUAACUGACCUAUCCAGGAGUACGUUUAUCUAAAAGUACUCCUUACAGGCUCUAGAAGCUGACUGGUGAUCCUGAAUUCUUGUUCCCUUGCCAGGCUAUUGAACAUUAUCUUUGUCUUCUGCAUAUUAAUCUUCAACCCCACUCGUACACUUUUUGGUUAAGGUACUCAAUCAUUUCUUGUAAUUCGUCCCCAUUGUUGCUGAAUAGGACAAUGUCAUCUGCAAACCGAAGGUUGCGGAGAUAUUCGCAUUGAUCCUACCUCCUAAGUCUUCCCAGUCUAAGAGCUUGAAUACUUCUCAGCAUGCAGUGAAUAGCAUUGGAGAGAUUGCGUCUCCUUGCCUGACCCCUUUCUUCAUACGUAACUUUCUACUUCUCUUGUGGAGAACCAAGGUAGCUGUGGAAUCCUUGUAGAUAUUUUCCAAGAUGUUCACGUAUGCCUCUUGUACUCCUCGAUUACGCAAUGCCUCUAUGCCAGCCGGAUUAACACGGCACAAUAGCGAGGUGGGCAAGUUGGUUAGGAUUCAUUUCCAACAUGUGACACAGCGGCAACAAAUACAACAAAAGGCAGAAAAAGCCAGAACGCAGCACCUUAGCAUAGUUUUUUUCUGCCUCUUGUCUCUCUACGUUUAGUUAAACAUAACUUUGGAGCUCAUUGCCGUGUUCCAGUACUUGAUGUAGCCGGCUAAAUAAGACAGCAAUUAAGCAGAUAGCGGCCAUCUGAAAUAUUGUUCAAAUUCUCACUACGCCAAAAAUGAGUUUUGCGAACACGGCAUUGAAGUCAAGAACGUUGCAAGUUACCUUGUGUCCAACAAGAUGGCGGCUGAGCAGACUGCUUGGAAACACGACGGGAAAAUCACCU